ACUCUUUCCGGUCGGAAGACGAGUUCCUUGCUCACCUCAAAAGCAUCUGUCCGCGACGAGAACUUUUCUGUUUCCAGGCUGAAGAAGCGAAAGGCCGCUGUCGACUCGUCUGGCUCUCCAGUGUAUUCGGCAGCGUGCCUCUUCGCAUCUGCCUGCGCUUCGAUUUCCCUCCGGCAGCGUCGUUGCCUCGGUUCUCCCCUUGCUUCUCGCGCUCGUUGGCUAGUGUCUGACGUCCGCGUCUCUUUUUUUUCUUCGAGCUGUCGAAGACGACGCGGGCGUCCUCCAGCUCCUUUUUCCUCCACUCUCACCGCUGAACGUCAAGAAACAAGAGCUCGUGCAGAAAAAGGGAGCGGCCUAUCGUUGUUCAGACCUUCAACAAAGAAGGAAACUUGCCUUCUUCACUGUUGCUUAGGUGAGAGUCGUCGACAAAAAUCUGCUUUCUGCGUCUGCAGGCGACUUCCCGCUGUUCCUCCACUGGAGACGCAGGGGCGACUCGACUUUCCCUAAACAGGAUCUGUCGUUUCCUCUUCUUGUCCUUUCUUCUCUUCUCCUUUGUCUUCCUUGUCUUCGUCUCCUUGCGGAGUUUUUCUUGGGUGGACCGCUCUCUGUGUGCGUCUUGCGUCUUCUGAACGCCCUGCUUUUUCCUCUCUCUUCACUCUUCUCUUUCUCUUCUCUCUCUUCUUUCUCUUGCCGCUUCACAACUCCUCUUCCUUCUCCUGCAGCUCCGUUUCUCGACUUCCCUCUUCCCUCGCCUCUUCCGUCGAGGCGGCCUGUUGCCUUCUCUGAAGAGCUGCAGACGGAGUCACCUCGCGCAACAGCCUCUGAGCCGCAGCAGAGACGAGAGAGAGAGCGGAGAAGAAGAGAAGCGAAGGAACGCAACGGACGCAGGAGAAGAUCAGGAACACACGGAGAAGGACGCGCGCUAAGAAGGCCGCGUGAAAACAGAGAAAUCAAGGAAGAAACUAAAUUCAAAGAGAAAGGCGGAGCGAGGGGGUCGACGAAAUGGAGGUGGAUGCCGAGCCUUCAAGGUGACUCCUUCCAGCUUACAUCAAGAGCUGUUGACAGAUUUGUUUCUAGAAAUUCACGCGCCGCCUUUCAUGACUUGUAUCACUCGCACUUGACGUCGAACGCUUCUCUCUCGUUCUCCUCGCUUCCUUUCUUCUUCCCCCCUUCGUCGCUUUCUCUCUUCGGUUUCUUCUCUUUCUCUCUUCUGUUCUUCGGCCCAUUCUUCUUCCCCCGUCCAAGCUCCUCUCCGUCUUCUUCUCGCCUCUCGAAGGACCUGCUGCCUUCUGCACAUCAACAUGGCUGCAGCUUCUUCUUUCUCUUCUUCCGGCUCGUCGUCUUUGUCUUCCUCUGCGUCUUCUGCCUCUUCUGCGUCUUCUGCCUCUUCUGCGUCUUCUGCAACGGGGGCGGCGGCUUGCCGCGGCAGAGGACUGCUGUGCGGGGCCGAGCUGCUUUAUCUGGAGGAGGGCGUUGCCUGCAACGUUCGCGAAGACGGCCGUGCAUGCGUCGAAGUCCGGCCCAGCCAAGUGGAAACGUUCGCUCUCCCAAAAUGCUCCGCGUCUGCGAUUGUCCGAAGCAGCGAAAACACCGUUCUCUGCGGCGUCUCGAUGCAGCUGGCGCGCCCCACAGCGGCUCCUGAUGAGGGCGAAGUUUUUCUCACUGUGGACUGCUCCGCGGCCUUGGGCGUCGGCGGAGUUGGAGGCGGCGUCGCGUUGGAAUCCUUUGGGCUCGGCGAAGGCAGCUCCAACAGCAGCCUCCAGGCGCUCCUGUCGGACAUGGUUCUCUCUGCAGUGGACAAGAAGAAGCUCUGCUUGGUGCCGGGGAAACUCAUCUGGAGAGUCUUCGUCGACUGCAUGGUGCUCAAGGCCGGGGGCUGUUUGCUCGACGCCGUGAGUCUCGCUGUCCAUGCAGCUCUUCGGACGACCGUGUUGCCAUGUGUGUUCGUGGACGAAGAAGAAGGCGAGGAAGGCGAUGGCGCCUUGGGUCAGAUUUCUAUCCAGUGUGACGAAAGAGAGGCGGCCGGCGAGUGUUUCCCCGUGGAGGACAUCCCCAUCAUCGUCACAGUUGGCGAGAUUGCAAAUCGGUAUGUAUGGGACAUGACCAGCAACGAAGAGUCUGCGUGCGUCUGUCGGCUUCUCGUCGCGGUCUCUCCCCGCGGUCACAAAUGCGUCGGCGUUCAAAAACUCGGAGCUUCUCUCAUUGACAUAUCCACUCUUCCGACUGUCAUGGUGAACUCACAGCGCGUAUGUCGGGAGAUUUUCGAGCGCCUCGAGAGACAAAUUGCGUCUCAAAAAACGAAGAAAAAUAGUCAGCAGCUUUCAGCUUUCAUGCGGAGUAUGGCGGACCUCUGAGUCUCAAAUGUCAAAUGGCCCUACCAAUGCAUUUUUGUAUAUCUAUGUGCACAUAUAUUUCUCUAUAUACCUAUUUUGACAUGGAUAUAUACCUGUUUAUUUGCGUACAUGUAUAUUCCGCUAGAUAGACAUACAUGUAUAUAUAUGCAUGCACAUAUUUGUCGAUAUACGUGGUAAUGAUUUCUGUUGUAUAGACAGAGGCGUGCAACGCCUUUCGCGCUCAUAUACUCGCUCGCGCUUCCGUCGUGUCUUGUCUCCUUGUCUCCUGUGUGGGGUUCUUGGCCUCCGCAGGGGCUGGCCUCUUUCAUCUUUGUUUCUUCCUGGUCAGGCGCGCCUUGGCACUUCUUUUCUCUCAAGAAACCGCAUCAGGCUGUUGAGCCUGGCGGUUCCUGUUUUCCGUUUGAAUGCGCAAGCAACUCAGUCACGUCCAAUAGACCUGCAGCCCUGGCCUCGCUUUCCUCGUCAUUUUUGCCUGCUCUUCUCCACCUCGUCCUGUCUUCUGUCUGUCUCUCUCUACCUUUUUCUAUCUCCCCCUGUGGGAAUGUGUGUCUCUAUUUCUGUAUCGUUUGUACUAUUUGUCGCCACCUGCCUCUUUUGAUGUUCUUAUCUCUCAUUUAUUUUUCUCUUUUCCAUGGUUGGCAGUACAUGUCUGUCUCUGCGUCUCCGUGCAGUUCGCCAUUCUUGUACUUCCUUCUCUCUGUGGUUCGCUCUCCCUGUUUUCUUCCCUCUGCAUUUCCGUCUCUCACACUCGCCUCUCUCUCUCUCGGCGAGAAGCCUCUGGAAAACAGCCCAAGACAGAUGCGAUGUUCGCCUUCUCUUCGCUGCCUUUGAUUCACUCUUCGAAUUACGAGACACAGUCGAAGAGGAACGUUCACGUUCCAGCGCAAUGAAUACAACGAUUCAGCUGGUCAAGCCACGCAUUGAAACCCACAGAGUCCCAAUUCACACGCCUGUAUAGCUGCGCAUACAGCAAAUAUAUAUAUAUAUAUAUAUAUAUAGAUAUGCUCCUUGAAGGAUACCACCGUCAAAAGCGGCGUCUGUACAGAGGGAUCCCUUCGUCUCUGUCUAGACGUUUAUGUUUUUUGUUGCCCUAGUUGCGCUCUGUUAGUUCUCACUUGUACCCCCUUCACGCAGACGUAGAACGAUGAAUCCUAAAAAUACAGAACCGAAGCUCUGCUGAAUGACUAUGGGCUUACAUUAAUAGAUCUACGUAUACAUACGUGUAGACAUGCGCACGUGAAAGCUCGUUCGUGAAUCUACAAACCCUUCUAUGAUAUAUAUAAAUAUAUAUAAAUACAAAUAUAAAUAUAUAUAUAUAUAUAUAUGUAAAUGAAUACAGAUAUAUAUAAAUAUAAAUAUAUAUAUAUAUAUAUAUAUUUGUAUAUAUUUGUCGCCACGUGCACGGCUGUGCUGUUAGUGACUGGCUUCGCUUAGUCGUCUUCUUCGUUGUGUGUUGCGGCGCCGAAGACGAGAUUGCAGACAUCGAGGAGAAGCAGCUGACAGGGAGCGUUGAGGAGAGAACUGAGAGACGGCGAAGUGCGACCUAGGUCUCCAUGCACAAACUCCUUCACAUACGUUCCUGAGGCGCAGCGAACGAUACGAAGAGAAGGCACAGACGAGACGAGAGUUGAGACCCGAGCGACUGGAGGCGGCCGACGAAGCGCAGCAACGCAGAGAAAAAAGACCUCUCGUGAGCUGUAGGAGAUCCAGAUUUAGUGAAGCCUUUUGCGUAUCCCGGACGACAACACACUUCCGAUGAUUCAGGAGCGGAGCUGACGACGUUUUUGACAGCUUUGGUCAGUCACGAACUCGCGCAAACGCAGCUGAAAAUGCGGCGACGAGGGCAAGACGAAACAGAGGCCAAUGACACCGGGUGGAGACGCAGUUCUGGGAGCCGGAAGACCGACGAUCAAGGGAGGCAACACCAAGAAAGAGGACGGAGGACAGACAAGAGAAGCAAGGAAAAGAAAAGCGAAGAGCCAAAGGAGAAAGCUGGAACAUGCAGAACGAAGGAAAAGAGAAUCGCUCACCGGCUUGCGUGUCCAGGCGACAAAUGAAGACUUGGGGAUGCACUGGGACAAUAUCAAUGGCGUAGAUGCGUCUUUGCCUACAGACAACCAGGCGUUCGAGAACCAAAUCCAAGCGACAUCUGCAUUCCAACCUCCCCGUUCCGUCCUCACUACUUAUUAACUUAAAUACAUAUAUGUUUAUGUAUACAAAAUGCUCAAAUAUUCAAAUAUAUAUAUAUAUAUUAUCAAUUACACUCAUACCAUUCAGUCAUAUAUCUUAAUACAUUGCAUAUAUAUAUAUAUAUACGCACAGGGUGUUGAGAAGAAGAAAUGUAGAUCCGUGGACUGUUUCAGCAAUGUGA